GCUGAUAGCAGGGCACACGUACACCCCAUCACUGAAUGCUGGGGUUCGGGUCAUCGGCGGACACGGUGUUGGAGAUCGGAGCCGUAAUACACGAAUAAGCGACAGUUGAACUAUGGAAAGCCUUGAUACAACGUCAAUGUCAACCAAACUGCAAAAUACCCUCAUUCAGUACCACUGUAUUUCAGAAGAUGAGUGGCAUGUUGCAAAGAAAACGAGUGAUGUAACAGUUUGGCGAAAACCAUCUGAAGAAUUUGGUGGUUCUCUUUACAAAUGUGAAGGUGUUGUUAAAGAUGUGGCAGACAGGAUUGUGGAUUACAUACGCCCUGGACCUUAUAGGCUGAAGUGGGACAGCUUAAUGACAACAAUGGAUAUAAUAAAGGACUUAAAUCAGGGUUGCUGUGUGAUGCGCUAUACAACUGCUGGCCAGCUUUGGAACAUCAUAUCUCCCAGGGAGUUUGUUGACUUCUCCUACACCACACAAUAUGAGCAUGGUCUUUUAAGCUGUGGUGUUAGCAUUAAACAUGAAGUUGUUCGACCAAACUGUGUGCGUGGAUUUAACCAUCCCUGUGGCUGGUUUUGUGUACCACUUCAAAGUGACCCUGAGCAUAGCCUGCUCACUGGCUAUAUCCAGACGGAUCUGAAAGGGAUACUUCCUCAGAAGUCUGUUGAGCUUGCAAUGGCAAGUUCCCUUGUAAACUUUUAUACCGAUCUUAGGAAGGCGUUGAAAGCAUGAAUGCCCUUUGUGGCAACUUCCUAUACUGGAUAACCAGUAUAUUUUUAACAAAAGUCAACUUGAGCAUUAUCCUAUUUUUGACUUUCUCAAUGGACAUGCUGUCGUUGAACAAGUCUUAGUGUAACACCAAGACAGCUUUAGUUGAAAUUCAAGGAAAAUUGAUACCAUAUUUUAUUACAUGGAAUAUGUGAAUA